AUGGCCGCGUCUCCCCCCUCCCCGACGACGUCGAGGUCGCCGCCGCCGCCGCCGCCGCCAACCAGCCUCUCCCGCUCCGAGAGCCUCGCCCUCCUCACCCUGUCGGGCGCGGCGCUCGCCGUCCUCGCCAGCACCUUCCGCGGCGACGGCGAGCCCCUCGUCGCCUGCCUGGCCCUCUCGGCGCUGGCCUUUGCCCUCUGCUACGCCAUGAUCCGCUGGCUCGGGCCGACCUUUAUGCGCGUCGGCCUCCGCGGCCGCGACCUCGGCAAGACGUCCCGCCCCGAGAUCCCCGAGUGCAUGGGCGCCGUCUGCGCGGCCGUGUACCUCAUGGCCGUCAUCGUCUUCAUCCCGUUCCCCUUCUACAAGGACAUUGUGGCCGCCACGUCCGGCGGGGGCAACCGCGACGUCGUCGAGGAGGAGGCCGGGGCCCGCCACGCCCACGCCCACGACCGGGGCCGCUUCCUCCACCGCUUCCCCCACAGCAAGCUGGCCUCGUACCUCGGCGCCGUCAUCUCCCUGCAGACGAUCGCGCUGCUCGGCAUCGGCGACGACCUGUUCGACAUCCGCUGGAGGCACAAGUGGUGGAUCCCCGGCCUGGCCAGCAUCCCCCUGCUGGUCGUCUACUUUGUCGACUUUGGCGUCACGUCCGUCGUCAUGCCCGUCCAGCUGCAGCCCUACCUGGGCGAGCUGCUUGACCUCGGGCCCCUGUACUACGUCUACAUGGCCUGCGUCGCCAUGUUUUGCCCCCAGAGCAUCAACAUGCUGGCCGGCGUCAACGGCAUCGAGGUGUCGCAGUGCGUCGUCGUCGCCGCCCUCGUCGCCCUCAACGACUGCCUGUACCUCCUGACGCCCUACCCGCACCCGGCCACCGACUCGCACCUCUUCUCGCUCUACCUGCUGCUGCCCUGGGUCGCCGUCUCGCUCGCCCUCCUCCGCCACAACUGGUACCCCGCCAAGGUCUUUGUCGGCGACACCUACUGCUACUUCUCCGGCAUGGUCUUUGCCGUCGUCGGCAUCCUCGGCCACUUCUCCAAGACCCUCGGCCUGCUGCUCGUGCCCCAGAUCUUCAACUUUGUCUACUCGUGGCCCCAGCUCUUUGGCCUCGUCCCCUGCCCCCGCCACAGGCUGCCCAGCUUCAACGCCCGGACGGGUCUGCUCGAGCCCUCCGUCACGCCCUGGACGCCCGACCGCCAGCCGAACCCGCUGGUCGCCCACCUCCUCCACCUCCUGGCGAGGCUGCGCCUGCUCAAGGUCGCCACCGACGAGGCCGGCAACCUUGCCGAGACGAGCAACCUUACCCUUCUGAACCUGUGGCUGGUGUGGCGGGGACCCCUGAGGGAGGGCAGGCUGGCUUGGGAAAUCACCCUUGUCCAGCUGUUUGUCGGCCUGUUUGGCCUGUUUGUGCGCCACAGGCUCGCCCUGCUGGUCUUUAAGGAGGACAACUGGGGGACAAUGUCGCACUAA